CACGCUUAACCCUUUACAACUGGGGGAGACAAUCGUUUCGGCAUUGAACAAAGUUCCUGUCUCUGUUUAAGCCCAAAACAGCUAAAGCAGAGCCGUUGGGAAAUAAAUGACAGCGUUAGAUACAGGUUUUCCUUCUUAAAUGAAUGAAAGGUUACGAAGGACACCUGCUUACCCGCGGCUGGAAGCGACACCUGGCUCAGGUACUUUCAUGAAAAAGCUGCGAAGGGCGUUGAACAGAAGUGGUACUCUCAUCUUCCACAUUUGGACUGCACCCUUCCUGUCUCAGACUAAGUGGAUUCAAGCGGAGCAUUUAAAGCUAUGUGCUCCAGUGGGCAGCCUCUGUGUUCAGGAAGUAGGCGUGCACCCACCAAUGAGGGCAGUAGCUCAGGCGCCCAGUAUGCUCUUUGUGCGCUGGGGAUGGGUUUGGUGGCACUUGGAGUUGUCAUGAUUGUGUGGACGAUAGUCCCUUCAGACGCGGCACAUCCACGCAAUAGUACGACCGUAAGUCCUGGUAAAGGUAACGAUGUAAAGACUUCGUCUGUUGCGUUUGUGCUGGUGGGUUCUGGUAUAGCCAUGUUGCUCCUGGCUAUAUGUUUGGGAGUGAGAAACAAGAAGAGGACGAGACGCGGUCAAAAUGCAGGCAUAGGCAGUCCUGGCUAUGUGGCCCCUAGAGACCCUGCGGCGUCAAAUGAAGAGCCAGUACCCACUUUUGAUGUACCCACCUACGAGGAAGCGGUGACCAGUGGACAGUACCCUAUCCGACAAAGCAAUUUGAGACAAAGCUACCAGCUACCCUCGUACGAAGAUCUGAUUGCUGCUGUUGACAAUGAAGGCCAGCAACCAAGUGGAAGUAAUGGGCAAGAGGCUCCUGCCCCUGGACCCCAGCCUGCAGCGGCCAGUUCCCAGCCAGUACGCACCAGCAGCAGGGCUAGUCGUCUCCUUAGACCCCUCAAAGUGCGCAGAAUCAAGUCAGAGAAACUCCAUCUUAAGGAUGUUCGUUUGAAUAUUCAGAGUCCUCCACAAGGACGGGUGGUGACCAUUGAACCACUGACCCCUCCACCACAGUAUGAGGACAAACCACCGCGACUCACGGCAGCAGAUCCAGUGGAAUGAUUUCAUCAUUGGAUUUACACUUUACUACAGAUUUUUUUGAUGAUGUGCAUCCACCUGUUGCAUAUGUGGCUUGUUUACGCCUGUGCGCCAUUUUGCAGGCUACUGGCCAAAAGGAGGAGUUUCAGUGAGGGCUAUAAAUGAUCUUAAAAUCUGACAAAUGAUGAAAUAGGAUACAUUCACAAGCUCUCAAUGCUUAUUGCUAAAGCCUACUUGAAUGUGUUUUUAAGAGAACUUUUCUUAUUUAAAAAAGUAGUGCAUUUGUGUUUGUUUAUUGUUUGUUUAAUACAGAAGGAUAGGAAUGCAACAAUGUGAAGUGUGUGCUUCCAAAUCUACACUGUGCGUUGCAAAAACAUCCCUUUAAAUCCCUUUGGGUUGUCAUGGACAAGUUGAAAUACCAAGCUUCAGGACUGCUGAUAUUUCGUAUUAAAAAAAAGUUUGUAUUUUUUUAAAAUGUUUCUCCAUGUAUUUUUAAAACUAAGAUGACCUAAUAAAAUUAAACAGGA